AUGACUAGGCCUGAUAUAGCCUUUGUAGUACAAGUACUCAGUCAAUAUAUGCACUCACCAAAGUCAUCUCAUAUGGAAGCAGCACUAAGAGUAGUUAAAUAUAUAAAAGGAACUGCAGGUCUUGGAUUGUUUAUGCCAAGUAACAAAGACAAUGAAAUGGUAGCCUAUUGUGACUCAGACUGGGGGAGUCUUGGUGUAGAAACAAGAAGAUCAGUUACAGGCUAUAUGAUUAAACUAGGAGGAGCACUGGUAUCCUGGAAGUCAAAGAAACAAAACACAGUAUCUAGGAGCUCUGCAGAAGCAGAAUUCAGAAGUAUGGCUACUACAGUUGCUGAAAUAGUGUGGUUGAAAGGCUUAUUCAGUGAGUUAGGAAUGGAAAUAAAGGUGCCAGUAAAGGUAUUUGUGAUAACAAAGCUGCUAUCCAAAUAG